AUGGCCCCUGAUGGUGUGACCUCCAGGAGUCACACACACCAUGGCAGCUUUGGGGGUGACAGACUUCCUCAGUGUUUGGGCUGCAAACUUGUCUUCUACCUUCACAGGGUGGGCAGGGGGGUUUCCAUGGGCACCACCUGCCUCUUGAUCUCUGACGUGAUGUCUCUGGGCCUCAUGACCUGGGCCAGUGGCUCCAUGGUCUCCAUGCUCCACAGGCACAAGCAGCAGGUCAAGCACCUUCACAGAGCUCGUGUCACCCCCAGAACUGCCCCUGAGACCAGGGCCUCCAAGAGCAUCCUGGUGCUGGUCAGCACCUUUGUCACCUGCUAUGCCCUCUCCUCCACCUGUCACCUCUGCAUUGCUCUGUCAAAGCAUCCCAGCUGGCUGGUGUUGAACUUCUCUGCUCUACUGGCUGCAUCUUUCCCCACUGUCAGCCCCUUGCUCCUCAUGAGCUGUCGCUCCAGGCUGUAUGGGCCCUGCCAUGUCUGUGUGAAGAACACUAACCCCCAGUAUAGUUAG